UUUGUGGAAAAAAUGUUUGAGUCAUUCCAUUUCCAUUUUGCAACUCGUCAAGAUGCUUAAGGGUCCGAAAAGUCCGGAAUGAAACUCCUGCUCGUCUUCGCUUUGCUCCUGUUGAUUGUAUCAACAUUGGGGCAAGAUGAGCCACCUCCACCUCCCCCCAAACCACCACCGAAGCCUCCUCCAAAGCCUCCACCAAAGCCACCAGGAGGAGGUGGUGCUCCAGCACCAGAUCCAGACGCAGCAUGUCUAACCAGCAAUGUUCAAGUUUAUCUUCUGCUGGCAGGGAUUACGUGCACCGUUUUGAAUGUCAUCAAUGCUGCUGCUUGAUUGUCAUGGAAGCGAGAGUAGUAUUCAAGAAUGUUAUAAGUCCCCACCAUAUCAUGAUUUCUGAUGAAGUGACAAGUGUUUAUUGGUAGGGCUCUGCGAUUCUCUGCAUUUGUCAAGAUAAUAAAAAAAUAUUUAAAAAAUACUUUUAAUCUAGGCGUUUGGGAAGAAAACGAAUUAUCCUUUUUUAUGAACAAAAAAUUAAAAUAACUUUUGA